AUGUAUUUGUAUCAUUCUAAUUUAGAAUUGUCAUAGACAUAAAUAUUUUAAAAAUACAGAUAAAGAUAUAUUACCAGCUAUGGAAAAGAUGAAUCAAUCUUUGUAGGCUAUACAGGCAAGUUGCUGAAAUAUGCUGUGAAUACAGAUAAUAAAUAAUUUGGAUAGUUUAAUUAAACAAAACUAUAGAAAAGAUUUAAAUUUACAAAUCAAUAAUUUUCCUUGGCUUAAUUAUUCAACGAAGAUGAUGGAUUUUUAUAUUUUAUUGGAGUUAAAAACCAAUCAAUAUAAAUUGGUUAAUUUUUAAUAAAUGAUAAUUCUGAUAAAAAAAAUUAUGAAUAUAUUACCUAUUAAUAUUUAGGCUCAGUAAUUAUAAGGUGCUGUAAACUAUUAUUAAGUAUUUAUAAUAAGACUUAGUGA